AUGUAUGUGAAAUGCUUUGAAACAGUAAUGUUUUACUAUGUGAUUUUAGUAUAUUUAGUGAAUGACACUUUUUGUUAUUUUCAAAUUUCCCGCCGUUCUGUCCCCGUACGUCCCGUCGCUCGCAGGGGACGGAACCCAGAUGCCGGCAUCUGCCGGAGGAGAUUACAGGGGACACUGUAGGAAGGACAUCGCAGGAGCGCAGGACAAGGUAAAUGAAGAACAGAUCCCAGAGCAGCGCCGCAUGGUAAGCAGAGCGUAGAUCGGGGUUACCGCUUGUGCUACACUCGGGAAUACCCCCAGGGAGGUUA